UCCUUUUGCCGCGUUUACGAUCUAACUAUCACGAGCGGAUUUUUGCAACCUUCUCGAGAUUCAUCAUGUUUUCACCCUUCUGCACAUGGUACAUGGUUUCCGAAAUUGUUGCUUCGACAGAUUGAACGUUUGGGACCACAUGCUUUUG